UAAUGAGAGUGGCAAUAGUGGCGGAAAGACACACACGGAAAAUAACAAAUAAUAAAUAUAUUUAAUAAAAUUGAUAAAAUAAGUUAUUAAGUUGGAGCUGUGUGAAAUUCAAAAUUGUUUAGUUAUUAUAAAUUUUAGUAGAACGUAUUUGUUAAUAUAAAUAAAAAAUUUUUUUGGAAAUCAUCUUUUUUGGUUGUGCAGAAUUUCGUCAAAAAUUUCAAGUGAAAGUCCCUAAACCCAACUUGGCCCAAAGAAAACACGACAAAGAGAAAUUUGUAGUAGAAGGAAGUAGUAUAUAGAAGAUGUCAUUUCGUGUAGUCCGCAGCUCAAAAUUUCGUCAUGUUUAUGGCCAGGCUCUGAAACGUGAGCAAUGCUAUGACAAUAUACGAGUCUCAAAAUCCAGCUGGGACUCCACAUUCUGUGCCGUCAAUCCGAAAUUCUUGGCCAUCAUUGUGGAAUCUGCGGGCGGUGGAGCAUUCAUCGUUUUGCCACACAAUAAAGUUGGACGCAUCGCUGCCGAUCAUCCAUUGGUGGGAGGACACAAGGGACCAGUUCUCGACAUCGCUUGGUGUCCGCAUAAUGACAAUGUCAUAGCCUCUGGCUCAGAGGAUUGUGUGGUCAAAGUGUGGCAAAUACCCGAUGGAGGAUUGUCCCGUACAUUAACCGAACCCGUGGUGGACUUGGUCUUCCAUCAGCGUCGUGUGGGUCUAGUUGUGUGGCAUCCAUCGGCUCUUAAUGUAUUGCUGACGGCAGGUUCUGAUAAUCAGGUGGUCAUUUGGAAUGUCGGCACUGGUGAGAUUCUGGUUCAUAUUGACUCCCACCCCGAUAUUGUGUACAGUGCCUGCUUCAAUUGGGAUGGCUCCAAGUUGGUGACCACAUGCAAGGACAAGAAAAUCCGCAUCUAUGAUCCACGCACAGCGGAACUCGAAAGCGAAGCUAUGUGCCAUGAGGGCUCAAAAGCCACUCGGGCAAUUUUCCUGCGGCACGGACUGAUUUUUACCACUGGAUUCAAUCGCAGCUCCGAGCGUCAGUAUUCAUUGCGUGCCCCAGAUGCCUUGAACGAGCCCAUUGUCAUGGUGGAGCUGGACACAUCGAAUGGUGUGAUGUUCCCCCUGUACGAUGCGGACACAAAUUUGAUUUACUUGUGCGGCAAGGGUGAUUCGGUUAUACGAUACUUUGAGGUCACACCGGAGCCACCGUUUGUGCACUAUAUCAACACAUUUCAGACCACAGAACCUCAGCGUGGUAUUGGUCUGAUGCCGAAACGCGGCUGUGAUGUCACCACCUGCGAGGUAGCCAAAUUCUAUCGGAUGAACAACAAUGGUCUUUGUCAGGUCAUCUCGAUGACUGUGCCCCGCAAAUCGGACCUGUUUCAGGAGGAUCUCUAUCCGGAUACACUGGCCGAAGAUGCGGCCAUUACGGCCGAAGAGUGGAUGGACGGCAAGGACGCCGAUCCCAUAACAUUCUCGCUCAAAGAUCGUGUUUCCAUUGUACAGGGUGGCUAUGUAUCCUCAUCGGCCAGCAAAUCGCUGUCCGUCAACAAGAAGGCCAAUAUUCUCAACAAGCCAAGAGGAGCAAGCGGAGCUGGAGCUGGCAGCAGUAGUCCGAGCGGGGGCAAUCAUUCAUCGGCGAAUAACAAUGAAUCCAAUGAUGGUGUCGCAUCCGGUCCAGUAUUUAUCUACACGGAAAAAGAACAUCGCAAUAUUCUGGAUGAAAUUCGCAAACUGAAGGCCAUCAUAGUGAAGCAAGAGAAUCGACUACGUGCCGUAGAGGCCAAGACCAAUGCGGGCAAUGGUGAUGAGACGGAUGCACGCAACAAGAAUGGCAGUGCAGGAAGCAGCAAUCAGCCAGCGGCGUCCGCGGCAGCUGCGUCCUCGGCGGACAGUCAAAGUGCCAAUGAUCAUGCGUCGUCGAAAUCGGCGACAGCGGAGCAUGAGGACGAUUAGAUAGGAUCUUGGGUUGGGGAGAGAGAGUGAGAGAUGGAAAACUGCUUGUAGAAGCUCGUCGUUGUCGUUAUCGCUAAAAAGAAAACCUCUUUCUAAAAAAAACAAAAGAAAAACACCAACAAAAUAAAAGAAACCAAAUCAUAAAUGAUUUAUUAUUUCGCGUCUAUGUUUAUGAUUUCGAUUAUUUAUUUUAUGUAAUUUUUAAUUAAUUAGUAAUGUCGUGUACACUUUUUUAAUACGAGCGAAAUCAGGAGAGUAGUAGCAAGCAAAGAGAACAUCCUGCCAAAAAAUAUAUAUCAAAACCUAACGAACUACCUACAGUUUGCGCCCAAAAUCAAAAUGCAAAAAUAAAAACGAAAUUUUAUGUAAAUUUUAACAAAACAAGAACACAAGGCAAAGCAUAGACUAAAAUUGAAUGCAAUCAUCGUAAAAUAAAAAAUCAUUAUCUAUACCUAUAUAUACAUGCAUGCAUCUACAGAAAUUUUUGAUAAAUAACCAUUUGUAUACCUUUCUAUCGAGACAUUAAACAUAUACAUACAUACUCUAUAACAUGACAAUAGUUUUUAAAAAUUGAUAUUGAUCCGUUGUGUGUAUAUAGCCUUUGCUAAUGCUCGGACAGAUCCAUAAAUAUGUUUUUAUCAUGCUUUUUCUAAAAACAAAAUAUAAAAAAAAAAACAAUUUUCGUUCUAACUAAUAAUAAGUUGUAUUUUGUAAUAAUAAUAAUAAUAAAAAACAAAAACGAACCAUUAUAAACCAACGAACCCAUUUAUAAAAUGAUUAUAAAUCUUUUAUUUCAAUUAUUAGUUCCGUUUUCAUUGUUUCAAACGAAUUAUUGUUUUGUUUUCUGCAGUGAAAGAGCUACUACUACUGCACAUAGCCUACCGAUUUUUAUAAUACUAUAAUGUAUUUUAUAUACAAUUCGAUACUGAAUAAAAUAAUACAGACAAUACAAUCAAAAACAA